AUGAACAUCAUCACUGGCACCGACGAGGAGAAGCUGAAGGCCCUGAGCGAGCGCACGUACAAGGAGCAGGCCGUGUGGUUCCUCAACGCCUUCUGGACGGGUGUGGGCCACAGCGAGGCCGAAAAGCUGUGGGACUUCGUCCACCAGUGCGAGGAGCUCGACAAGGAGAACAGGGCGCUGGGCAACCAUCUCGACGAGUUCACGGCCCACCGCUUCCUUGAACACUUCAAGGAGACCCUCACCAUCACCGACCUGCGCGACAAGCUGUUGGCCAGCGGCGCCAUCCCCACCACCAGUAAGUUCCUCAAGGAGGUGCCCCUCAUCUUCUUCCUCAUCGUCAAGUACAACGUGGACUUCCACCACAUGGUGAACACGGCCCAGGGCGCCGCCGAGGAGACCGCCAAGGCCCAGGGGGUGCUCGAGGCCGUCAUGGAGGCCUUCGCCAAGAGCGCCGCCCAAGACCGCAAGGCCGCGGCCAGCUUGGAGGAUUCCACCCGCCGCGAGGCCCACGCCAAGGAGGCCGCCGCCGCCGCCGCCCAGCGUGACGCCGAUGCCAAGCACUCGGCCGCCGAGGCUGCCCAUAAGGAGGGCGUGGCCCAGAAGGCCGAGCACGAGGCCAAGGAGCGCGAGGCCGAGGCCCGCGCUCGUGAAGACGAGAUGGUUGCGGCCAAGAACAACCUCGAGGAGGCCCUCAAGGACCUCCACCAGCAGGAGUCGUCCUACAACGCCCGCACGGCCGAGCUGACCAAGGCCAGCCAGGAGGGCUCGGCCAUGGCCCAGAGCAAGGCCAAGGUGGAGCUCGCCACGCACCUCGAGGCCGACCACUUGCCCCUGCGCAAGGCCAAGGUCACCCAGGAGGCUGCCCUCAAGGCCACCGAGAAGGCCAUCGUCGUCAGCAAGGCCGCCGCCGACGUCGCCUCCGCCGCCCGCAAGGAGGCCGGAAGCGCCCUCUCCCACGCGCAAUCGUCGCGUGCCGCUGCCGAUGCGGCGGCUGCCCAGGCGUCGGCUGCGCGUGCGAGCGCAGAGCAGUCUGCCAAGGAGGCCGUGGCCGCGCGUGCCCAGUCGGAGGCCGACAAGCAGCACGCGGCGGCGGCGCUGGCCGAUGCCAAGAAGAAGGUGGAGGAGGCCGAGGCCUUCCUGGAGCAGGCCAAGAAGGUCAUGCCGGGCGGCACCUCCUGGUGGAUGGAACGCGAGCUGGCCGAGGCCCGUAACUUCCUGCCCAAGGCCAAGGGCGGCUACAUCAAGAGGCACAUGACCCUCGACAAGGCCGCCAGGAAGGCUUUUGCCGCCUCCAUGAAGGGCUAA